AUGGGCGAGUAUUCAAAAGCGCUUUCAUCUUACGAACGAUCACUUGAAAUCCGAAAAAUAGCUCUUCCUCCAAAUCAUCCCGACUUGGCUGCUUCCUAUAACAAUACCGGCUUGGUGUAUUAUAACAUGGGUGAGUGCUCGAAAGCACUUUCAUCGUACGAACGAUCAUUUGAAAUCCUAAAACUAGUUCUCCCUCCGAAUCAUCCUGACUUGGCUACUUCCUACAACAACAUCGGUAUGGUGUAUGAUAACAUGGGCGAGUACUCGAAAGCACUUUCAUCUUACGAACGAUCACUUGAAAUCCAAAAAAUAGCUCUCCCUCCGAAUCAUCCAUCCUUAGCUACUUCCUGCAACAACAUCGGUCUGGCGUAUUAUAACAUGGGCGAGUACUCGAAAGCACUUUCAUCGUACGAACGAUCACUUGAAAUCCGAAAAAUAGUACUCCCUCCGAAUCAUCCCUUAUUCGCUAAUUGCUACAACAACAUCGGUUUGGUGUAUUAUAACAUAGACGAGUACUCGAAAGCACUUCAAUAUUAUGAAAAAGCCCAAGAAAUCUGGAAAAAAUCACUACCUUCAAAUCAUCCACAUAUUGCACUUGUGAAAACAAACAUUGAAGAUGUAAAAAAGAAAAUGUAA